AUGAGGUUAUUCGCAGAGUUCGGUUUACGUAGUCACAUGCUAGGGUUACGUAGGGGGCCACCAGAAGUGCGGCCUUUGACGCGUCUCAACGCGUCCGGCAACACUAUGGCGCGUAAAGGCCCUGGUACAGAUGGCCCUCUACAGACAGCCCUACUGGAAUCAAUGUCCGUAGCCACGACAAGAGCUUCUGAAGGACAGAAGAUCUUCAGCCCUAUAGCUGCAUUCCUCGAUAAACACCGCAGCCAAACUACCGGCCUGGCCCCUCACCUACUGAGAGCCCUUACCGCUCUAAGCGAUGACCUCGCCUCAGUAGCCCAACGACAUUUUAGCGCCUAUAUCAGCGGUAUCUCAAUGACCUCCAUUCUACCUGCCCUGUCCCCUUCCCCUUCCCCUUCCCCUACUCCAAAUUCCUUACCCCCUUCACCCCCUCCCUCACGUCCCCUCUCAGGUCUUGAACAGUCGACUUAUGCGACUAUUACCCAAUAUGCCCCGGUCAAAUCAACUCCUACUACUCACUCCAAAGCCUAUGUUAAAAAGCCUAUGUCUCUAGUGAAACAACCCCCUCCUGACAACCGGCUCUUUGUACGCCUCCCAGCUAACCAUACAGCUAGAAAAAUAGAAGCCUACACUAUCUACUCUAGCCUAUGGUCUCAACUAAACUCAAACAGUUCAGCACUAAAAGAAGUUCAAGCUACAAAGACUAGUUUUGCACUAUGUCUCUCAUCCCCAGAAGCCCUCCUAACCCUUAAGGCCUAA